AUGUCUUUGCUGAAAGAGAAGGACAGACCAAUUGUUCAGCUGUUAUUUAACACUGGCACUUGCCCACGAUGUAUUUUGAGGUUCUGCUGCGUGGGAUCACAGACGCUUUAUAGACAUCCGUACAAGGAUUUGAUGAAGGAUUUAAAAGAAUUUCUGCAAAAUAAUCAAGAAAAUGAAGAUACAGUUUGUUUUGAUCCGCCUUGUAAAAGACUCAGACUGAAACACACAGAAGAAGAGCCUGAUGAUGUGAACCACAACGGAGCGCUCCGGCAAAUUCCUUCGGUUAACAAUGAAAAUACCGCCACAGAGAACUUGGCUGUGGGGGUUUGCAAUGUGUGUUUGGGAAUCCUUCAGGAGUUCUGCGAGGUGGACUUUGUUAAAAAGGUGUGCCAGAAGGUUAAUUCUGCUGACUACCAGUUCACUAGUUUUGUAUUUUCUGUGUCGCUACCCCCACAGCUGUCUGUUAGGGAGCGUGCUGCUUGGCUGCUGGUAAAACAGGAAAUGGGAAAUCUGGGCCUUUCCUUGGCAAAGGAUGACAUUGUUCAGCUGAAAGAAGCUUAUAAGUGGAUUAUUCAUCCCCAGUUGGCAGAAGAGUUGCUGAUGGAAAGCAGGGGGAAAAGUUUGUUUGAAGUUAGUGUGGUCUUUGCUCACCCAGAAACAGACGAGGAGUGCCAUUUCCUAGCCACAGCCUGUCCAGACUGUUUCAAACCAGCAAAGAACAAACAGUCUGUUUUCACUAGAAUGGCAGUUAUAAAAGCCCUAGAGAAGAUAAAAGAAGAGGAUUUUCUCAAGCAUUUUCCAUGUCCCCCAAGCUCACCCAAGAACCUCUGUGUUGCUGUGGAAAUCCAGUGCAAUAAUGGUGCAGUUUUUGUGGCUGGAAGAUACAACAAAUAUUCAAGGAAUUUACCUCAGACUCCCUGGAUUAUUGAUGGGGAGCGGAAGCUGGAAUCUUCAGUGGAAGAACUGAUUUCAGAGCAUCUAAUGGCAGAGUUCAAAGCAGACAGCUUUAAUUUUUCUUCCUCUGGAAGAGAAGAUGUGGACGUAAGAACGCUAGGCAAUGGAAGGCCCUUUGCAAUUGAGCUUGUGAAUCCUCGUAGAAUACAUUUUACUGCUGAGAAAAUGAAGGGACUUCAGCAGACAAUUAACAACGCUUCAGACAAAAUACAGGUUCGAGAUUUACAGCUUGUCACCAGAGAGGCAAUUGGCCAUAUGAAGGAAGGUGAAGAGGAGAAGACAAAGACCUAUAGUGCCUUAAUAUGGACAGACAAAGCAAUACAGAGAGAAGAUAUUGCAUUUCUAGAUGACAUCAAGGAAUUAAAACUCGACCAGAAGACACCUCUCCGGGUUCUUCACAGAAGACCUCUGGCUGUAAGGUGUCGGAUCAUUCACACCAUGAAAUCCGAGUACAUCGAUGAGCAUCAUUUUCGCCUGCAUCUGAAGACUCAAGCAGGAACCUACAUCAAAGAAUUUGUGCACGGAGACUUUGGAAGAACAAAGCCCAAUAUUGGCUCCCUACUGAACAGAACCGCCGACAUUCUGGAAUUGGAUGUAGAAUCUGUUGAUGUUGACUGGCCUCCAACCCUGGAUAAUUAA